UCUUUCAUUCAAUCCAAGAAAAAAAAAAUAAUCUCAGGGACCUAAAAGAGCCUUAUAAUUCAAAGUCAUGGGUUGCUGGUCUGCAGAAAAUGCCACAAAAGCCUUUCUCAACACAUUGAAACUGGGUCAAAAGGCCAAAGAGCCAGCUGUUGCAGAAUUCAUAUCAGCACUGGCAGCUGGCAACAAUGCACAACAAAUGGUUAUGGCAUGUGCUGGUGCAGCAGACUCCACCACACUAGCAUUGGUCACUGCUGCACACCAAAUUGGUGGCCAUGUUUGUUGCAUUGUCCCUAGCCAUGAAUACUUAAGUGCCUCAAAAAAUGCCCUUGGAGUCAAUGCUAGCCAAGUCCAAUUCAUAGUUGGAGAGGCUCAACAAGAGCUAGUGCUGUUAAGCCAAGCAGAUUUUGUGCUAAUUGAUUGCAACCUUGUGAGCCAUGGAGAGAUUGUUGGAGCAAUCCAAUGUGGUGGCAUGAAAAAUGGCGCAAUUGUUGUUGGUUACAAUGCACUUAGCUCUAAAGGGGCUUGGUGGUCUUGUGGAUCAAAGACUCAGUUGUUGCCUAUAGGAAAAGGGCUUCUUGUGACAAGAUUUGGAGCAAUUGGUACUAGUCCAAAAUGUGGAUCUGGCAUGAGUAAGACCAGAAGUAGUCGUUGGAUUGUUAAGGUGGAUAAAUGCACUGGUGAAGAACAUGUGUAUAGGAUUAGAGUUCCAUAAGGGAAAGUGAUUCAAGCUUAGUCUUGUAGUUGGUUUAUUGGGAUGCAAAUUGACAAGACUAGGAUUAUUUAGCCACCAUGGGAAAAUGGAGUACUUAAAUUUUGCAAUUAAAAAGGAACUUGGAGUUGGUCUUGCUUCAAAUGUAUAUAGCAAAUUAUAGAGAUAUAUUAGAUAGAAUUCGGAUUUGAAAAUUUUUGUUGUUGUCUUGGAUGUACUUCUAAUCUAAUGAAGAGAGAACAAAAUAAAACCAUUGUAGACUCUAGCCCAAACUUUAUUGUCCCAUGUCCUCUU